AUGACGCUCCGAGGGAAGAGGAAGUCGGGGAUCGGCGAGCGGGUGGGUGCGCCUCGGGCCGCGGGACUCGCAGCCGCCGCCGCCGCCGCCGCUGCCGCUGCCGCCGCCGCCUCUACGGCCGCGUCAGAACUGAAGAGGAAGGGGAGGAGCCGAGUGGAGUCUAAGCGGCCGCCUGAUGUUACCCCUGACCCGAGGGCGGCCGGGAGAGCUUGCUGGGUAGCAGUUUCCUCCUGGGCCGGUGGGGACUGCUCCCUGGGGAGCAAGGAGGAGGCCCUGGCCGCGCGUUCAGGCUCCUGCGCGCGCCACCCGAAGAGCAUGAUCAUCAAAGUGGAAUUAAUGGGUCUCAGAGUUGGAACAGUUUCACAACUUAUUCCUUAUGCUGGCUGGGCCAUGCUGACGACAUCAGAGGAAAUAAGAGUGUUGGGAAAUACAGGUCUGGCAACUCUCAAGAAAUGCUUCCUUAUCUCCACGAUAUGCUUCUUAAGUCAUUGCCUCUUCCACCCUCAAGUAUGGAGGCAGUCAAUCUCAACUUAUUUUGUGGGUCUACGAAAAGCUCUGCGUUUUAAAAUAUGUCUAGAAGCGAAAGAAAGAAAGGAUCUAGAAGUCAAAGAAAGAAAGCUGCCCUUUAUGAACCCAACGGCCAAUGGCAGUCAAGAUUCCAGAGUGGGCAGCCCAGAAUUUACUUGCCAUGUGUCUCAAGAAAGACUCAGAACACUGAGACAGGAUAGGAGCUUAGAGUGGCUCUCUCCAAGUGUGGUCCUCGGUCUCCCUGCUUGAGAACUAUCUGGAGUGCUCAUGAGAACGGCCGAUGCUUGGGCCAAAUCCCAGGUUGCUGAAUUAGACCCUGCAGUGGUGACCUGGAAUUCUGCAUUGUAAAGAAGUUACUCAGGUGCUAUUGAAGCAUACUUCAGCAUGAGAACUGUUGACUUGGAAAUAAUUUAGUCUAGCUUCUGUAUUUUGCACAUUGGGAAACUGAGGCUCAGGGAAAUGGAGCAGCUUUCCCAAAGUUACCCAGCUAGUUAGUGGCAGAAGCAGAUGCCCAUAGGAGAGGAAAUGCAAGUAUGUUCUUAUGGCAGAGAAGACUUUGGGCUUUCUAGAUGGGGAACCUUCACAGACAAGCCAACAUUGAAUCCCAUCUCCUCUCCAGCUGGGAAGUAGUACUGGCUACAGCAACGUGGGGCUUAUUGCCAUAUUUUACAACAGAUAUAAAUGCUGCAUUUUCAAAGAAAACUAGAAUCGAGUGCAUGCCCAAUAAAAAUAAAUUAAUUUUAAUGAGGAUCUCACUUACAGUGUUUAUAGAGUUUUGCAUGUUUCAUGAUUUAAUGCUAUUUAACCUUGAGUGUUGACAUUAAUGAAUGAAGUGGUUUUUUAAAAACAAUAAAGGACUGUAUAUAUAA